AGGAACUCGUCUUCUCGGCGACGGGGGAGGAGGCUGAUGCCUGGAGAGGUCGAACAGGUAAAAGGAGCAGAGGGGAGGAUAAUUCUAUUUUUAUUUUUUAUUUUUUGGAAUGGGAAAGGAAGGGUCGGGGUGUGGGGGGGUGCUAAUCCAUGCAAAGGAGCUGCAAAGCGGAGGCCAGGCGGCUGCAUGGCUCUCCGUUGCACGAAAUCCUUUGAAGCGCCCCCCCCGCCCCCAAAUCCCAGAUCUCAGACGACAUGGGAUGUACGGGGUGGGGGGGGGGGGAAGCGCCUGGAUGCAGAGGAAACAGCCUUGCCUGAGUGGGAUGGAUGGAGCAGGAGCAGGACUCCUCCUGCCUCCCCUUCCCCACAAAAAAAGAGGGACGAAGGGACCCCCGCCUCAAAGGAUCCAGGCUUAUCCAGCUGCAGCGAGCGCUGGUUCCCUUCCAACAGUCCUAUGGGGUCCCCCUAAAUUCAGAAAUAUGGCGUGGCUGGGAAGGGGGAAGGUUGGAAGGACUCUGCUGCUUUCCUGUUAUGGAAUCAUAGAAUCUUAGAGCUGGAAGGGACCCCACGAGUCAUCUAGUCCAACCCCCUGCAGUGCAGCGAACUCAUCUAAAGCCUCCAUGACAUACGGCCAUCCAAUCUCUGCUUAAAAACCUCUGGGGAAGGAGAGUAAAAGCUAAGGAAAGCAUUAAAAGCUAAUCAUGUGGUAUAGUUUCUUUUGGAUAUCUGGUUGCUUUGUUUUCAGCUGUGUUGUGUUCAUAUUAGGUGAACUGCUCCUUGCUUUUUUUCCUCGACCUGAAAAAAUAAAAUAAAAUAAAGGAGCCUGUUUGCCUUCCUUCCUGCUAAACCAGGUUCAGCAAACUUUUUCAGCAGGGAGCCGGUCCACUGUCCCUCAGACCUUAUGGGGGGCUGGACUAUAUUUUUUGGGAGGGGGGGGGAAUGAACGAAUUCCUGUACCCCACAAAUAACCCAGAGAUGCAUUUUAAAUAAAAGCACACAUUCCACUCAUGUAAAGACACGCUGAUUCCUGGAUUGAGAAGGCGAUUCGGCCGCAUCCGGCCCCUGGGCCUUAGUUUGCCCACCCUUGUGCUAAGCAAAGGGUGGUGGCGGCAUUUGGAACUGACUAGCGUCCUGAGAACCAGGCUGUCAGUGGCCUUGUUAAAAAGGCUGGAGGAAAUAAAAAAUAUUUGCUUCCCUUCUCACCUGGAGUUUCAAAGGAGCUUCUCCAGGCAUUUGAUGGAGGGAACAGCUGGGCUUCUCUUGCAGGACUGGCUCCGGGCAGAAUGGUGCUGAGUUGAAGGGUCCUUCUCUUCUGGGGCUGCCACUACCACCCUCUCCGGUAACACACAAAUUCUUCUUCUUUGGCGAUCACUCACAGCCGAGAAAGAUUUGUUUCCACAAACAUGGUCUUAAUAGUGAGUCCGUAAGUGACUGUGGAGGCCAAUUCUGGAUCCACACAUCCUUCCAUAGUAGGGAUGUAGGUUUCCAAGCGAGAGUUGAUCACAGUGAGGGUUUGCCAAGCGUGCCUUCCUCUUAUCUCAUUUCUCCCUUGCGUCCUGAGUUCGAGCAUCUUCAAAACCCAUGACACCUUUGGUAAAGGCUGUUCCCCAGUUGGAGCGCUCGCAGGCAAGUUUUUCCCAAUUGCUGGUGUUUAUACUACUUUUUUUAAAAAAACAUUUUUUAAAAGAGACAGUCUUUAAACCUCUUUUGUUGACCACCAGCAUUACACUUUCCAUUUUUAAGUUUGGAAUAGAGUACAGUGGUACCUUAGGUUACAGAUGCUUCAGGUUACAGACUCCACUAACCCAGAAAUAGUACCUUGGGUUAAGAACUUUGCUUCAGGAUAAGAACAGAAAUCGCACAGCGGCGGCACAGCGGCAGCAGGAGGCUCCAUUACGUAAAGUGGUACCUCAGGUUAAGAACAGUUUCAGGUUAAGAACGAACCUCCAGAACGAACUAAGUUCUUAACCCGAGGUACCACUGUAGUUGCUUUGGAAGACAAUAAUCAGACAUCUGCACAACAUGACCAGUACAAUGAAGUUGAUGCUGAAGAAUCAUUGCUUCGACAUUGGUGAUCUUUGCUUCUUCUAGGACACUGGCAUUAGUUUGCCUGUCUUCCCAAGUAAUGUGUCAAAAAGUUUCGGAGACACCAUUGACACAAAUACACACACAGAGCAGGCCUCACUACUUCUUAAAUAAAAUUUGCAUCCUGUUAAAUUGUCAGCAGAAUUGCAGAUGAAAAAGACAUGCCGACUUUUACAUGCCUCAGGAGGCAUGCCUAAAACUACGGGUCCGGAAAAGAAUACAGCGAAGGUAGAAAGUAGAAACUAUUGGCUGAGGGUUCAAAGUACCGUCUCACAAGAGUUUUGUAAGGUGGGCCAGUAUGACAGCUAGGGUUGGUUUAAGGUUGAGGUUGUGGUUGGGGCAGCCAAACCUUUCUCACACCAGCCCACCUUACCAGGCGGCUGUUGUUGUUGUUGUUGUUGUUAUAUUUAUUUGAACCCCACCUUUCCUCCUGACAGAGACUCAAGGCGGCUUACGGAUAAAAUAAGAACAGCGAAAAGCAGUGAGUUUCCAAAAGCCCGUUGGGACAAGAAAGUCUUCACCUGCCGGUGGAAGGACAACAAGGAGAAAGCUUCUCUCGCUUCUCCAGGGAGGCAAUUCCAAAGUGGGGGAGCAGCCACCGAGAAGGCUCUCUCCCUGGGAGGGUAGCGGGACAGAGAAAAAGGGCCUCCACUGCAGAUCUCAAACCCAGGUAGGUUCUUAGGAGGGAAUACAGUCAUUAAGAUAGCUUGCUUUGAAUUGUGCCUGGAGGCAGACUGCUAGCCGGUGGAGUUGUUGUAACAAGGGACUCUUAUGCUCCCCUUAACCAGCCCUGCAGUUCUUUUGAGCCAGCUGACGUUUCUGAGCACUUUCCCAAGGCAGCCCCACAUAGAACCCCACAUACAGUAACCCAACACUUGUUAUCCAGUGAAUUAGAAUCGUAGAAACGUACAGUUGGAAGAGACCCUGAGGAUCAUGCAGUCUGACCCCCUACAAUGUAAGAACGUGCAGCUCUCCCGUACGGGGAUUGAACCUGCAACCUUGGUGUGAGUGUGGUUGAGAUUUCUGUUGCAGCCGUAAUAAUAAUAAUAAUAAUAAUAAUAAUAAUUUAUUAUAUAUACCUCACCCAUCUGACUGGGUUUCCCCAGCCACUCUGGGCGGCUUCCGACAAAUAUAAAAGUAUAAUAAAACAUCAAACAUUAAAAACGUCCCUGUACAGGGCUGCCUUCAGAUGUCUUCUAAAAGUCAGAUAGUUGUUUAUUCCCUUGACAUCUGAUGGGAGGGUGUUUCCACAAGGCGGGCGCCACUACCGAGAAGGCCCUCUGCCUGGUUCUCUGCAACCUCACUUCUUGCAGGGAGGGAACUGCCAGAAGGCCCUCGGCGCUGGACCUUAGUGUCCGGGCAGAACGAUGGGGGUGGAGACGCUCCUUCAGGUAUACUGGGCCAAGGUCACUUGGGGCUUUAAGGUUAGCACCAACACUUUGAAUCGUGCUCGGAAACGUACUGGGAGCCAAUGUAGGUCUUUUAUGUUAUGUGGUCUUGUGAAUGUUAUGAAUAGCAGUUAUGGUUUUGCUUUCUCAAGAAGAACAGCCCCUGUUGCUGAAAUCUGAACUCAUCUCCUGCUUUUUUUGCGGGGGAGAGAUGUUUGUGCAGGACGCACAAGGCCAUAAGAUAUAUUACGAGUCUGUUUAUUUGUAGGUAUGCAUUUUUCACUUCAGUUUAUCUACUGGCGGUUCCCUCAUUGCGAGAGGUGAGGUUACAGGGAACCAGACAGAGGGCCUUCUCAGUAGUGGUGUCUGCCUUGUGGAACGCCCUCCCUUCAGAUGUGAAGGAAAUAAGCAGCUAUCUUAUCUUUAAAAGACAUCUGAAGGCAGCCCUGUUUAGGGAAGCUUUUAAUAUUUAAUGCUGUAUUGUUUUUAACACUCAAUUGGAAGAGUGGCUGGGGAAACUCAGCCAGAUGUGUGCAACACAAGGCAACCGAGAACAUAAAACAGUUUCUAAGUUGACAGCUCUAAGACAAAAGCAGGGAGUAGCUUAAAAACAUAGAAGAGCAGUCCUAAACUAAAAAACGUCACGUGAUCUCAAGAGGCUGUGUGUUUGCCUAAUUCGGGGCUCACUAAUCUGAUGUUCCCAGAUGGCACUUGUGAAAGUCAAAUUCGAUGCCCCCAGAAUGAAACACAUUCCCAUCUAAAAACACUGAAAUUUAGAUAACAAUCUUCUCUUUUCUCCUAAGAAGUGAGUCUGUUCUACCCUUUCAGAGUUUUACUCCCUUACCUUCCUCCCGAUAAAAAUUUCCUCAUAAACCCACACAUGUGAAAGCGAGAGAUGUGCUUGGGAGAUGAAGAGAGGUAUCCACCAAGCCUUUGGCCAGGGCACAGCCUGACUCCCUCCUUUGGCAAUCUUCACAGAACUCUAGUCCAAUGGUUGCCAUCAAUUUGAUUUGAAUUAAUUUUAUAAUGAAAUGAUUUUAGAAUGUUGUAUUAUUUUUAUUGUUGUUAGCCGCCCUGAGCCUGGCUUCGGCUGGGGAGCGCGGGAUAUAAAUAAAAAUUUAUUAUUAUUGUUAUUAUUAUCAAGAGGGACCUGAAAGGAAUUUAUGUUAUUGUCUUCAGACAGUAGCAUAAUCAAUUUAUUCAGCAGGGCAUAGAAAGAGGAAGAGAGAGAACUCUGGAGAUGAUGAAUAAAGAGUAGCAGGCUUGAACACCUAACAGGUUUUCAUGUUCAUUUCUUAUUUCCCCAAACAGAUCAAAAGCAGGACAAAUAAAAUUAUAGGAAAUCAUAUGUGGUGUCAGCAGAAAGAAGGAAGAAAAAGGACAUCUAGAAAUCCAAGGAUACAUUUGAGGCACAAAGGAAACCAGAGAGAGAGAGACAGAGAGAGAGAAAUCCUUCCAUGUUGUUGAUAUCCACCAAAUCUUGAUCCCAGUGGAAUAUGACAAAGGGACAAUAAGCAAGGGAAAGGGUCCUGGGAUGUGGAGAGGGAAUAUUCUAAAAUAAACCAGAGUUAAAUAAAUAUUGCGGAGCCCAUAGCAGGGGAGAUGCAAGGAGUGCAGCAAGAGCUUGCUAAGGGAGCACUUACUGAACAUCAAAUAGCCGACACAGGGAUGAAAUCAUAUAGAUGCUUGUGGACUUAUGCUCAUAGCAGAACCCGCACAGGAGAGAAGCCGCAUGAAUGUAUUCAGUGUGGAAAGAGCUUCAGUUUCAUGGGAAACCUUAGUACACAUGAAAGAACCCACACGGGAGACAAACCGUAUACAUGCACGGAGUGUGGAAAGAGCUUCAGUCAGAGUGGACACCUUAAUUUACAUCAGAGAACCCACACGGGGGAGAAGCCGUAUGAAUGCAUGCAGUGUGGAAAGAGCUUCAGUUACAUUGGAAACCUUAUUUCACACGAAAGAACCCACACGGGAGAAAAACCCUACAUAUGCACAGUGUGCGGGAAGAGGUUCAGUCAGAGUGGACACCUUACUUUACAUCAGAGAACCCACACAGGGGAGAAACCAUACGAAUGCCGUGAAUGUGGAAAGAGGUUCAGUCAGAGUGGCCUCCUAACCUCACAUCAGAGAACCCACACAGGGGAGAAACCAUAUGAAUGCAAAGAGUGUGGAAAGAGAUUCAGUCAGAGUGGACACCUUCGUUUACAUCAGAGAACCCACACGGGGGAGAAACCAUAUGAAUGCCACGAAUGUGGAAAGAGCUUCAGUCAAAAUGGACGCUUAACUUCACAUCAAAGAAUUCACACAGGAGAAAAACCAUAUCAAUGCAUGGAGUGUGGAAAGCGCUUCAGUCAAACUGGGCACCUUACUUCACAUCAGAGAAUCCAUAAACGGGAGAAGCCGCACAAAUGUAUGGAGUGUGGAAAGGGUUUUGUGGACAAUGGAGCACUCACUAAACAUCAGAGAAUCCACACAGAAGAGAAACCACACACGUGUUUGGAGUGUGGAAAGAGCUUCAGUCGAAAGGCAAACUUCAGUUCACAUGAAAAAACCCACACAGGGGAGAAACCAUACAAAUGUCUGGAGUGUGGAAAGAGUUUUAAUUCCCGUAGGAGUCUUACUUUACAUCAGAAAAACAACAUGGGAGAGAAACCCUGUGCAUGCGCUGAGUGUGGAAAGAGCUUCAGUACAAGCUGCAAACUUACUUCACAUCAAAGAACCCAUACAGUGGAUCAGCCAUAUGAAAUAGCAUGGAAUUUGCAACAACUUGAAUUAGAAUGAAAUGGAUUGACCCACGAAUGGAAAGUCCCUCUCUCCCUCGAAUCAGAGAAUUGUAGUGUUGGAAGGCUCCCCCAAAAGUCAUCCAGUCCAAUCACCUGUUAUAUAGCUCCAUACACUUGCAGAUUCUUAGCUUCUUUUAUGUCUUGCUCUUUCCUCUCCCCCACCUUUGUUUUUGUCUCAUUUUGUUUUAUUACAGAAAGUUACGGAAUAAGAAAUGCAUACUAACAUUUUUGCUAUAUGUAUUAUUGAAAAAUUGUAAUAAACGGGUGGGGGAGCCCAGUUUUUUCCAUGAUCGGUUUGACCGUUAUGGAGCCUUCCACUUCUGCGGAAGUUCUGUCACAGUGAGGCCCUUACUAUCUCUCAUAUAAGGAGAGAGACAGCAGAAUUGAUCACUCUGUGGUUAAAGCUUCUGUCCAGGCCUUAUUAAGCCUAUAGUCUCUUCCAGAUGUCUUGCUUAUUCAGAUUAUACUGCAUUCAUCCGCAGUUGAAGCAUGGUGGUUAGACUAAAUCUGGUGUCAUUAGGCAUUGAUUCUGGUUUGUUUAUGGGGCAGUCGUAUCGCUAUCCUGAUCUGCCGAUAUGGCAUCAAUCAUUCAUAACUUUCCAAAUCACAAAAGGGCCAUUUAAACGCCCACAAACACCUAUACCCACCAGUGGUUUGUUGUGCUGUUGUGGAUGUCCUGUGUUCUUCCACUUCCAUGAAGAAAAAGGAGCAGGCCUAGACCACAGAGCCAGAAUACUCCAUUUUCUCCAGCGUAAUUCAGUUCAGUGUUCAGAGAGGUGGUGAAGAACCCAGGAGCUCCCUUGACAGAAGUGCGAAGCAGUGUCUUCCAACCCCCUGGCCUUUCUUAACACAAGCCAAGCCUCAAAGCGUCUCUCUGUUGUCAACAAUAAAAUCUUUAUAACAAACCGCUCAGCAAAUUAAAGGACCGAUGUGCCAAUUAAUAUCUGUCUAGACUGAAAAGGAACUAUGUGACCUGGUAGAAAUCCAGAUCUACUGAGUGCCAACUUUUACUCUAAGCACAUCAAAUAUCAAAGUAAAGGACGUUUCGAUGAAAACAGCUGUAUGUGUAGUCUUCAUAAUAGAACGAUUGCUUUCUUUUCAUGUGUACAGAUCUACAAACCGGAUAGCUUUCCUUUGGUCUAAAAGAGAUAUUUCCCUCUGGCAAUUGUGAAGAUGACCAACCAUUUUGAAUGUGUGUUGUAAAAAUUUCCUCUUCAGAGGGGAGACGGGGUAUAGAUAUUGCCACCUUUUGGGGCACCAAACUCUGUCUUCUCUUGUUGAUAGAAUCAGGCCUACGGCUAGGGAAUUAUUUGUUUUCUUUUGUCCUAAUUUGCUAGGUGGCAUUUUCUGUAUUAGUUUGAUAAACUUACAUUUUUCUCCUUUGUAAUCUUGAAUUGCGUUUGCUUAAGUAAAGAAACAUGCUAAAUAAAACGACGAAACUGCAACUCUUCCGUGAACC